CGGUGAAGGAGCCUCCCGUUUGUUUUUAUUUUUUUUUUAUAAAUCAAUCAUUGUUGAAACUCUGAGGAGAGGAUCGCAGAGGGAUCUCUGAAGGAUCUCCGGCAGGAUGGAGGCCUGCAUGAUGAAGCCAGAGGUCAAAAAGAAGCCGAAACCGCCUAAACCUCCUCCAAAGCCCUCAGAGGUCAAAAGAAACGAGGCAGAGAGAGACGUGAAGCCAGCUCCUCUGAUGCCUCCUCGACCCAAAGAUGCUGAGCUGACUCACACAGAAUACAGAAUAAAAAAAGCAGCAGCCUCAAACAGCGAGGAACCAAAAGCAGCAACGAGACCCAGUGAACCCAGAAAGACUUCCAGACAAACUGACCAAACAGAAGCUGCUGCAGAUGAUAUGGAUUUCAAGCGGGAGAACGGAGGUCUCCUCGCUGAAAUGUUUUGCAAAACACCCAAGGAGAAAUCAUCCUCUCCUGCCCUGAAGGUCAGAAAAGCAGAAAGUGAUUCUGAAGAUGUGGAGAAAGAAGAAGAAGAGGAGAAAACAUGUGAACCAACCCACGAUGCCGUUUCCGACUCUGACAUCUCGGCCAGCACCGAGAACUUAUCUGACAACAAGCAGGAGAAAGCUGGAGGUCUGUUCAGUGGACUCCUCAAAAAGACGCCCAAAGAAGAAAAGACUGAGACUCCAGACAGAGAGGCUCAGAGGGAUCCGUCAGCCAGCUGUGAAGACCUGGCUGAGAAUAACAAGGAGAAAAACAUUUUCAGCAACAAGUUUAAGAAAACACUGAAGCCAGCAGCAGAGGGCGCUAAAGCAGAGACACAGGACAUGGACACUGACAGACGACUGUCCGCCAGCAGUGAGGACCUGACCGGCCCAAAGGAGAAAAAAGGAGGCCAGGCUGGAAUAUUCAAAAGAUCUUCAAGCUUUGACAACCUGCUGGACGAGGACAAAAAUAUUUUCAGCGGCAUGUUUAAGAGAAGUCCGAAGCCUGCAGAGGAGGGCUCAAAUGCGACCGGCGAAAACGGAACCUUGUUUGGCAGCACUGAAGAUCUGCUGGAGGCAAAUCCAGCAAAAGAGAAAACGGGAGGACUUACAGGCUUCUUUAAAAAGUCGCCUAAACCGUCUCCGCGCUCCGUUGCUACUGAGGAUCCGCUGACGAAGCAGCUGUCGUCCAGCUGGGACAGCCUGACUGAGGCUGGGAACGACGACAGCACCUCUCAACAAGAAUUAUCAGCCAGUACAGAUAAUCUUUGUACCACGAAGGAGAAAAAAGCCGGGCUGUCUGUGAUGUUCAAACGAACGCCUAGAAAUACGGAGCAGCAGGAAGGUGAAGACGCGGCGCCACCUGCUGGACGCGGACUGAGUUGCAAGAGAAGCAUAAAGGAGAAACGAAGAGUUGUGUCUUUUCGAGUCAAGAAAACUCUUCCCAGAAUGUCCAAAGAGGAAUCCAGUGAAAUGCCUCCUAUUGAGGAGAGCGUCGAGAUGGAGGAUCUGAACUCUCCACAGGAGAGCACGGUGGAGGUGGCCGGUGGAGAUGGCAGCAUAUCCCACUGA